GGUUUUUAUAUUGAAAAUUAUGGUCUACUUGUGAUUACGAAUUCCAUAGGGAUCAUCUCUAGCUGAGAUCUCUGCCUGAUGCAUAGAUGAUGAGUAAGGGUCAAGGCUGCUAUAACCAUCAUUCAUCCCACCAACUCUUUCCUUCUGAACAUUAUCUUUAAUAGCUUUAGACAAGUCACGACUAAAUUUCAUUUCUGGUGAUUGACCUGCAGAUCUCUGCGCCCUCGCUUGAGUUUGUUGUCUCGUCUGUGAGCUGCCUGAAAGUUUAUGUAGAACUCCUUGAACCAGCAUAUAGCCUCCAAAGACUCCAAUGAACCCAGCUC